AGGAUGGGGAAAAUAUCUCAAAGCAGGAGGUGGUGUUAUUGUGUUUAAGCCCAGGGAAGGGUCUGCUUGGCUAAUAGCAUCUGAUUCUUCCAGUUGUUCUUUGCUUCCAGACAAUGCUCAACAUUUAUGCAGAAGACCAAGGGGUGGAGGAGCUUCUCAUGGCUACUGACCUUCAGUCUCUAAUCAUAGCAGCAGCCUCAUUUUGGGACCGAGGUAGCCCUUCCUGGAAAGGACCCACAAGCCGCGUGCUCCGAACAAUUUCAAAGGCCCAGUCCAGAAACACGAUUUCAUACUUGCAAGCUAUGGAUUGCAUCAAAAUUUCCGUUCAGAAUUUGUCCAGGCUUGCUGACUCCCUGUCUCCUUGUGAUGUAUGCGAAGCAGUCAACAUCAUCCUGUGCUUUGUGAGGGAUUCGUACCUGAUCUCUCCUGCCUUGCUUUUGGAGUUUGAGAACAACGGGGGCUAUCAGCUCCUGCUGAAAGUGUUUCUCAGAUAUGAAGGGCUGCUGAGCAGCAAAGAAGACGCCAGUGUUAAAGAAAUGCUGGAUUUCCUGGCACAACUGACUGUUUGUGGGAAAACAGAACUGAAGGUUUCAGGCAAUAUUACACCUCCCCAGCUGCCGCAAUUCAGUGCUAAACAGCCCCCUUCUCCAGGAAAUACAGUGAAAAACCUGAAAGCCUUCCAGGUGCUGGAGUCCCUUUUUCGGAAAUCGAGCAACGCAGAGCUCUGCCAGCACAUCUUGCUGGCCCUGAAAGAUAUCUGGACCUGGAACCCCAUGAACUUUUUCCUCCUGGAGUGGUCUCUGCAGCCCAUUUCCCAGUUUGUGGGCAUCAUCCCUCUCAAGCCCAUGCUGGUCCAGAGACAGUUCUUCCAGUUGGUGGAGUCCUUGGUGCUGGAUCUCUCGUACAUCCCCCAUGAGAUCCUGAAGGAUGUUCAGGGCUUGAUCAAGGAGAGUCCUGAUCCACUGUGCACUUCACUUGCUCUGCGCUGCCUCCACAACAUCACGCAGAGGGACCUGCUCUUCACAGAUAUCUUCAGAGACUCGGGGCUCUUGGGAAUGCUACUCGCGCAACUGCGCAAAGAGGCGAAGAUAUUGAGAAAGAAAGGUGGAAACCAAGCAGCCUAUCAGGAUCAGGCGAUGGAAAGAGAGCUCACCAAUAGGACACUGAAGCUGGUGGCUGCUCUUACAGGAGGAUCUGUUAGGAACACAGUGGUUCUCAGAGACUACGGGAUGGUGCCAUAUAUCAAGAUUUUUAUAGACGAUGAAUUGUACCGAAAUGAUACCCUGACUAUCUUGGAGCAUCUCUCAGUUAUCAACCCUGAGGAGUACAUGAGCAUCAUCGUUGGGGCCUUGUGCUCUUCUACCCAAGGGGAACUAAACUUCAAGCUGGAUCUACUUAAGUCUCUCCUGAGGACACUGGAUAAUCCCAAGGGCCGUUCAGCCUUCAGAACCAGCAGUGGUUUUAAUGGGCUGCUCUCUCUGCUGGCUGACAUGGAAGGCGCGUUGCAGGAUCCGCCCUCAAGCUUGUGGGCCCCGUUUGGUCCUAGCCACAUAAUGGAGCUCGUAUUGCAUAUACUCCAAGCAAUAGCGGCUGCUAUCUAUUCGGACGCUGUCAACCGUGAUUUUUUCCAAAAGAACGGGCUCUUUGACAAGAUGGCGGAGGACCUUGGCUUGCUAGGCUGCUUCUCAGGACAGAAGUGGGGUCAGAUUCCAGUACAGCUCCACGCAACACGGUCGUUUGCUGAAUUUUCAAAUGCAGCUGUUUCCUCACCCGAGUCCUUUCCUACCUGGCUUAAAAGCUGCAUAAUUAUACUCAGUUUCCUUGACAACAUGGCCAAGAGGAACCCCUUCGAACUCAAGAGCUACUUGGUGGACAUGAAACUAGGUGUAGAUCAAGUCCCUCAAGAUGUAAAAGAAAAUAAACCAGAAGAAACUGAAGACAACUUUGAGCAUUCAGGUGAAAAUAGAGCACCUGUAGACCUACAGCCAGAAUUCAAAGACAGGUUAGAUGCUGAGGACGGGGAAAUUGUGUGUCCUGGGGCUCUUUGUGUCAUGGUGAAACUGAUUUGCAAGCUCUACAAUGAGGCUCACCCAGAACUAUCAUGGGAAAUCCAAUACGCUGUGGCCAAUCACAUCCAGUCCUUGAUGAAGAUGGAGAAGAAUCGCCAGGUGGCCUGUGGAGCUGGCCUGCUGAACGCUCUUGUUACCUCAUGCUUAGAGGUGCUACACAACGACAACAACGCCUUGCAUCUGCCUCUAAUCAGACUCUUUGAGAAACUUGCGUCCCAGUCAAUUGAGCCCAAUGUCUUAAGGUACUUCCUUUCAGGGAUUUUGACAGUUCCUUUGCCUCAGGACAACAUGGCUGCCUGUAGCACCAGGGCCUGGUGUUCCGUAGUCACUACAGCGAAAAGUUCCGCAGAUCUUCAUCGGGCUUCCCUGGGCUCAGACGCAUCCUGGGUAUCCAACAGCUCUGCCGUAGCUCUCCAGGCAGCCAUGAGCCUGGUCUCCAUGACGACGCCACGCAGCCUGGAUUCCCAUCAUGCCUGCCUGGCACCUUCAUUUGUGGAAUUUGACAUGUCCCUGGAAGGAUACGGUUGUCUGUUUCUUCCAGCAUUGUCUACUGUUCUGGGCCCCAACGCUGAAUCCUCCAUCUUGGGAGGAACUGGGAAAGGCCCCAGGCCGUUCCCCCCAUUGGAUGGCCUGACUUUCUCCUCCUGGUUCCUGGUCAGCAAGAUGGGCUCUGUUCACAGCGGCCACCCUCUCCGGUUCCUCACGCUGGUGCGUCACAUGGCAAGGACAGAAGAAGAAUUUGUCUGCUUUGCUGUGAGCUUUUCUCCCAUGGAUGGCUGCCUGACCAUCUCCACUGAGGAAGUGGCAUUCCAGGCCCUAGACAUGAUGGAACCUGAAUUUGGAGACCUUGGGCGGUCCUCUGCCUUAUCUCAAGUCCAGUUCAGGUGUGCCAAGCUGCUAGUGACCAGGCAGUGGCAUCAUCUGGCGGUGACUGUGGCUAAGGAAACGAAACAGACCUGCACCAUUUCAGCCUAUGUCAACGGGCAGAGAGUUGGCUCUGCAAAGAUGCAAUACAUCCAGCCUCUCCCAGGCAACUUUGUCUCCAUGGACCCAUCUUCCUUUAUCGACGUCUAUGGUUAUGUGGCUACCCCACGGAUUUGGAAACAGAAGAGCUCCUUGACUUGGUGCCAGGGCCCGAUGUAUUUGUUUGAAGAAGCUCUCUCCGUGGGAACUCUGCAGCUUAUUGCCAACCUUGGUCCGAGAUACUGUAGCAACUUCCAAGCGGUGGGGUUUAAAGGCGCAAGCUCUUGUAGCAGUGUACUGACUUCAGCCUUGGUAGCACAGGAGAAGAUUUCUUUUGGAAUCAACGCCAUGAACUCAUCUUAUACCACAAUCAAAAAUAUAAAAGACUUCUAUGGCGAGGUGGACGGUCGCCUGAUCGCUAAAGAGCUGGAGCUCUCUUCUCGUGACAGCACAACGCCAGUUUUCAUGUUUCGAAAUACUGCAGGGAAACUUCCAGGCCCCUUAAGAACUAUCGGAUCAGUUGCUGUAGGCCUGUACGGGACCCGGGUUUUCCAGUCCUGCCCAGCAGCGGUCAGUCUGAACUACAUAGGAGGCCCUGCUAUUAUGCUGGGUCUCCUUGCCAUGGCCCACGAUGACCACACUGUGUAUGCUGCCGUCAAAGUCUUGCACACUGUUCUCUGCAGCAGUGCAAUGAGCGAAAAUCUAAUGAGACAGAUUGGUGGGUACCAGCUCCUGGCAUACCUGUUGAAAAGAAAGAUCCAUUUGUUAAACAGCAGAAUUCUGCAACUCGUCUUUGCCCUUGCGGGCAUUGCUGAGAUCAGCCAGGACGCCCCCACUAUCAAGAACUUGGAGGCAUUCCAGCAUAUUGUCUGCUGCUUUGAGCUUUGGUGCCAUGCUCCUGAAAAUAUGGAGAUUUCUCUCUUUGAACACCUAACAGAAAUCCUACAAACCUCAAGAAAAGGAAGCUGGGAUAUGCAGCUUGCUCAUCGGGUGAAGAUGGUACCCAGGCUUUUUAUUCUCUUCAGUGACCCUGAGAUCACACGCUCUCGCAUCGGCAGAAUCUGUACCGUACUGUCGCAUUUGCUGCGCUACCAUUUCAGCAUCAAAGAUAUUGAUUGGGUCGGCUUGUUCUUGGUCUACACUUUAUACCCUUCCUCUGUGGAUGAAAGCCAUACCUGCCCGGACUAUGAAGAUGGCUUAGGCCAAACAUCUGGGGAAAUGAUUUGGCUACGAAACCAGCUGCUGAGAAUGCUGCUAGAUGUGAUGCGUUCCAAUCAACUUUAUUUUUCCUCUGAGGAUUCCUUCCUGGACCUUGUAUCGCGUCUGGAAGAAUACCGGAGAAAUGGUCAAGAACUGUAUGCGCUUUUGUGCAAGGACCAUGCUGAGAGGUUAAUGUGUGGGUACAACAAAUCUGCAAAAGCCUGGGCAGACCUUGAGGAGCAGCUGGUUCGGAGAGGAGGACCAUGGGCGUCAGCCUUAGCCCCUUCUACUUCAAGGUGGAUCCUGGAUGGAUACGAAGGCCCUUCGCGGAUGAGGAAGAGGGUUUGGCUCAAAGUCACCUAUCAUACAGCUGUGUCAACAAGGAACAAGUUGCAUAAUUCCUCUGCUCAGGCUCAUCAGCCACAAGACAGCAAAUUUGCUAUAACCCCAGAGGAAAGCCAAGGAGAGCAAAAGCUAAAUGGAAGAGAAGGAGAGAUGGAUUGUGGUCAGUUGACAUUCUUCCCUGCCCUGCAUGAAAGUUUCCAGUCGGAAGAAUUUUUGGAAAUGUGCGCAGAGCGGAAAAUCAUCCUGCAAGAGUUUGUACAAGAUGAAAAGAUUACAUGCAGGCAAUCAGUGGUGGUCGUUCAGGGACACAUUGUGUUGGAAGGAGCUCUUCUCUUUGGCCAAGAACAUUUCUACAUCUGCAAGAAUUUCACUGUGUCCCCGCUGGGGGAAGUUUACUGCACAAAGCACUGCAUAACCAGCAUCGCUGAUACAUUCAUUCAUAGCUUGUGCGACAAAGACCCAGCCACGGGACAGGCUACCUGUUCAUGCCAUUCCUACAGUGACAUUAAAGAGAUCCAUCCGAUGUGCUUUCUUCUACAGGAGAUUGCCUUGGAAAUCUUCUUCAGAAGUGGCUACUCCAUAUUCCUUGUAUUCCACAACAGUGACAGGACGAAAACCCUGAAAAGAUUUUAUUCGAAGAAGCCUAAUCUGAAAUCAAAAGGCAUCACGGAAGCAUCAAUUAAUAUAAGGAGAAGCGCUGGAAGGGAGAAGACGAUGCUCUUGAAGUGGCAGAGGAGAGAGAUCAGCAACUUUGACUACCUCAUGUACCUGAACACUCUGGCCGGGCGCACCUACAGUGACCUCAUGCAGUACCCAGUGUUUCCGUGGGUGCUUGCUGACUAUCACUCCCAGACUCUGGACCUUACCAAUCCCAGCGCCUUUCGCGACUUCGCCAAGCCCAUGGGGGCACAAACCAGAGAGAGGAAAAGGAAAUUUCUCCAGCGUUACGAAGAAGUAGAGAAGAGCGAAGGCAACCUCUCAGCCCAGUGCCAUUACUGCACCCACUACUCUUCGGCAAUCAUUGUGGCCUCCUACCUGGUUCGCAUGGAGCCAUUCAACCAGAUCUUCUGCUCAUUGCAGGGAGGCGGUUUUGAUGUUGCCGAGAGAAUGUUCCAUAGCAUGAAGAGCACCUGGGACUCGGCCUCAAGAGAUAACAUGACGGACGUGAGGGAGCUCAUCCCUGAGUUUUUUUACCUCCCCGAAUUCUUAACAAACUGCAACCAGUUUGCACUCGGAAGCCUGCAAGAUGGAACCUCGCUGGGUGACGUGCUGUUGCCACCCUGGGCAGAAGGAAGCCCUCAUAAGUUUAUCAGCUUGCACAGACAGGCACUGGAGAGCGAUUACGUCAGCAACCAUAUCCACCACUGGAUAGACCUGAUCUUUGGCUACAAGCAACGUGGCCCAGCUGCAGCGAAGGCUGUGAACGUCUUCCACCCCUAUUUCUAUGGGGAUCAGGUGCACCCGGACAGCAUCAGCGACCCACUCAUCAAAAACACCGUCUUGGGGUUUGUCAGCAACUUUGGACAGAUCCCGAAGCAGCUUUUCAGCAAACCACACCCAGCCAGGAAUACCUUGGGGAAGCAUUCAAUGAGCAGAGAAAGCAUACUCUUCUCUCAAACAGCUAGUCAGUUGCCUCCAACACUCAACAACCUGCGUAAUCUGAAGCCUUCAUCAGUUGCUGUCAAAGAGGCACCUCAAGGACCUGUGGGUCACAUUAUAUGUACUGAAAAGGGAACACUGGCCGUGGGGAAAAACAAAAUUUUGAUCCCCCCACAGUGGAAUAAAGUGUUUUGCUGGGGUUUCGAUGACUUCACCUGCUGCCUAGCUGCUUCCGGGUCAGACAAGAAGGUGACCACAUUUGAAAUCACAGCUGAUUGGGGGGUUUGCCUCUGUGCUGUGUGCCCCACACCCACAACACUCAUCACCUCUGGAAGCAGCUCUGCGUUGUGCGUCUGGGAGCUGUCCGUGGCUAGAGAUGGAGACGCUUGCUUAAACCUGAAGCAGCCUUUGUACGGGCACACGCAGCCUGUGACCUGCUUGGCUGCCUCCACCUCCUACAGCAUCAUCGUGAGUGGAUCCACCGACAGAUCCUGUAUCAUCUGGGACCUGAACCAGCUGACACCCAUCGCCCAGCUUCCGGGCCAUGAGGCCUGCCUCUCGGCUGUUGCCAUCAAUGAUUCAACGGGUGACAUUGCCUCUUGUGCUGGGACGGCCCUCUACUUAUGGAAUGUCAAUGGACAGCCUCUGGCUACAGCAACCUUCAGCCCUGGAGCCACCAUUUUGUGCUGCUGCUUCAUGGAAGUGAUUGACUGGGACGUGCAGAGCCUCAUAGUCACGGGAGACACAGAUGGGACUGUAAAGGUCUGGAAAGUUGAAAAUAACUCACAGGACAUUAGUAUGAGAUCACAAAACAACUCUUCUGAAUGCCAAGGAAAAACGGGCAACAAGGUGGAGAAACCGUUCACCCUCUGCCUGGAGAUGAAUCUCAGCACGACUCCGUCGGAGAGAACUAGCAAAAUUCCAGCUGUCACAGCCCUGGCGGUUUCCAGGAAUUCUUCCAAGCUCCUGGCCGGCGAUGACACAGGAAAGCUCUUCUGCUGGUCAGUAGAUGAGUAGGAAAAACCAUCGUCUGGUCCUCGAUGGCCUCACCUGGACGUGAGAUGUGCAGAGAAUGAUGAACCACAAUACCAGGCAGAGACAGGUGUAGGUCUUGGGUAUAAUCUCUGCCAUAGUCUAAGCCUGCUAUUAAAUAAUGUGAUAUGAAGCCAAAGACUUUCUCCUGCCAACCAAUGCUGGAGGUUAAGGAAAUGUCCUUAUUACCAGCAUUUAUUAUUUCCAGGAAACUUGGCAGCUGUGGACUAAAUCCUUUGACCCUGGCCUGUGAACCCUCUAAAACUUACCGUAACCAUGGGGAAGGGGAGGGGGUGUUACCUGCGGUCCAACGCAGCUCCAUUUUCUCUCCCCACUGCAUCCUCGUUCAGUUACCAAAGGUCUGUUUGUCUAGGGCAGAGGUGGCCAACUCCCAAGAGACUGCGAUCUACUCACAGAGUUAAAAACUGGCAGUGAUCUACCCCCUUUUGGGGGGUUCAGGUCA